CGAACGACCCUGCUCCCAGGCCCCUCUCGGCUUGGGCCGGAAGAAAGAAAGGAAAUACCCCUCUCUGCGUCGAUCUCGUUCUCCCCAAACCCCACCCGAAUCCGCCGAGCUCAGCGAGCCCCCCGCUGCCCUCCCCCAGUUUCGCAGGCUCUUCACCGCCGCCCGCGCUGGCCGAGCACACCUCGGUCCAGAUCCAGGAGUGAUCUCCACACUAGUGGCGUCGAGAAGACAAAAACAAGUUGACAAUGAGCAGCAUAGGCACAGGUUACGAUCUGUCCGUCACCACCUUCUCUCCUGAUGGCCGUGUCUUCCAGGUCGAGUACGCCGCCAAGGCUGUCGACAACAGCGGGACUGUUGUUGGGAUCAAGUGCAAAGACGGGAUUGUGCUGGGCGUGGAGAAGCUGGUAACUUCAAAGAUGAUGCUGGAGGGGUCUAACCGGAGGAUCCAUUCAGUGCACCAGCACUCUGGCUUGGCUGUUGCUGGUUUAGCAGCAGAUGGCAGGCAAAUUGUUUCAAGGGCCAAAUCGGAAGCUGCCAGUUAUGAAAAGGUCUACGGGGAACCUAUUUCUGUCAAGGAAUUGGCAGAUCGUGUGGCAAGUUAUGUUCAUCUUUGCACACUAUACUGGUGGCUCAGGCCUUUUGGUUCUGGUGUUAUUCUUGGAGGUUAUGAUAGGGAUGGGCCACAGCUAUACAUGAUAGAGCCCUCAGGAAUCUCCUACAAAUACUUCGGUGCUGCAUUGGGGAAGGGAAAACAGGCUGCAAAAACUGAGAUAGAGAAGUUGAAGCUUUCAGAGCUUACCUGCCGGGAAGGCAUUGUUGAAGUUGCAAAGAUAAUUUAUGGAGUGCAUGACGAAGCAAAGGACAAAGCUUUUGAAUUGGAGUUGAGCUGGAUAUGUGACGAAUCAAAUCAUCAGCAUCAGAAGGUUCCGAAUGAUCUAUUGGAGCAGGCCAAGGCCGCUGCUAAGGCAGCUCUUGAGGAGAUGGAUGCUGACUAAGAAUCACCGACUCUACAGUACCAAAGCUUAUUUCAUGUUUGGGCGCUGGUGAAAUCUUUUAUCCUUUUUUGGGUGACAUACUGGACAUGGCCAAUUUGUCAGAUUUUAUUUCAGUGUCAUGAAAAACUUGUAUGUACUUGACGGAACUAGGUUCCUUCAUGGGAAAGUUUGAAGCUACACAGUGAGGGGUAUCAGAUUUGUUGUUCAGAUUCUGAUGAUAUUUACUGUUCUUAAGCCAAUGACUGUUUCUUUUC